AUGUCCACGCCCUCGCGACGGCCUCUCGUCGUCUUCAUCUUCUAUUUUGGCGAGCUGCCGGUCUGGCUGCCGCUUACCCUUCAAUCGAUGCACGUCAAUCCUCGCGUCGACUUUGUCGUCGUUGGCGAUGCGGCUCCGCCGGCGGUGCUGCCGCCGAACGUGCGCUUCGAGCAAGUAAGCUUUUCGGCGAUACAGACACGGCUUUCGGUGCUCGUGGGCGACGGCAGCAGUGUCCGAUACAACGACACAUUCGCCGGGCACUACAGCAAAGGCAACGACAUGAAGCCGCUCGCCGCCGAGCUCUACCCACAGCACACGGCGGGCCAUGAGUGGUGGGCUUGGUCCGACCUCGACGUUGUCUUUGGCGAUCUGCUCUCGUGGAUGGAUCGCGCGACGCGGAACGAGCACGCAGCGUGCUGCCGCUGCAUCCCGCGAGAGUCGGACGGCGGGCGUGGCGCGGCCAAGUUGCGGGAGCAGUGCGCAGUCCGUAACGCGACGGGGCAGGUGGGCGGCUGUUGCCUGGUGCCACUGCGCCCGAACGCAAAGACGGGCGAGAUGGAGGUGGCCAACGUCAACCUGGUCAAUGUGUACUUGCACAAGAAGUACUGCCCGUGCGACCACGGCGAGCGCGUGAAUGUCGUCUGCCCGCUCUACCCCAACCCGUGGCGCAAAAAGGCGUGGGGCCCGUUCACAGCCUUCCGCGUGGAGGGCGGAGGAGCGUCGCUGUUCCGCCGCUCGCCGCAGUGGCGCGCGGUCGUCGCGUCCGGCGACUACGCGCACUUCGACGAGUGGUGGGGCGAGUACCACUACUCGCGCGGCUGGGAGACGAUGGGCGACGUGCUGACGCGGCUCGCGGAGGUCACGGGCGGCGUGGUGAUGAGCAAGAUGAAGAUGAGGUUUGCAGAGGCGAAGACGUGCACAGACUACGCCUCUGGAUGCUCCUUCUGCCCCUGCGGCGCGAUGCGGCUCCGGCUGACUGGCUCGACGCUCGUCGUCAACGAGCGGGAGGUGAUGCUGCUGCACCUGGCCCAGUCCAAGGCUGCUUGGAGCGAGUCGCGCGUCUCGCUGCCCCAAUGGGAGCCGCCAGAGAGAGGCACCGCUGCGGCGAGGAGCUGGGCGCGCGGCUGCUUUGAGGUGCUCAACCUCGGCCGCUUCAACGCCACCUGCGCCGCCUGCUCCGGAGCGGCUCCAGCAUUCACGGCGUGGGACACGCCGGGUGCGGUGGAGAAGGCGACCCGGCUCGGCCGACAUCGCGUGCAGACGAAGUGGCGUGGCCACAUCGUGUACUCGAGCAGUGCCGCAGACUCAAUGCAGCUGCAGGCGCGCUCGUGCGACUCCCAAGGGGGGGGGGGGUGA